GGUGGUUGGGCUGCUCGGGAGAUCGGGGCUGCAGCUGUGAUCGCCUGAGGACACUUCCCCACCCCUCCCCUCGCCCCUCCGCCCCCCACCCCAGGCGGGGAGGGCCGGCGACGGCAUGGCUUCUGUGUUUAUGUGCGGCGUGGAGGACCUGGUGUUCAGCGGCAGCCGCUUCGUGUGGAACUUGACCGUGUCCACGCUGCGGAGAUGGUACACGGACAGGCUGCGGGCGUGCCACCAGGUGCUGCGGACGUGGUGCGGGCUGCGCGACGUGUACCAGAUGACAGAAGGCCGGCACUGCCAGGUGCAGCUCCCGGAUGACAGGAAGCUGGAGCUGCUGGUGCAGCCCAAACUUUUAUCAAAAGAGUUGCUGGAUCUCGUAGCUUCGCACUUCAACCUGAAAGAAAAGGAGUACUUCGGGAUAACAUUUAUAGAUGACACAGGUCAGCAGAACUGGCUCCAGCUAGAUCACCGCGUGCUUGACCAUGAUUUGCCCAAGAAGCCUGGCCCGGUCACUCUGUCCUUCGAAGUCAGGUUUUACAUUGAGAGCAUAUCAUUUCUAAAAGAGAAGAGCACAGUGGAGCUGUUCUUCCUGAAUGCCAAGGCCUGCGUGCACAAGGGGCAGAUCGAAGUGGACAGCGAAACCAUCUUCAAGUUAGCAGCACUCAUCUUACAGGAAGCUAAAGGAGAUUAUACCAGUGAUGAAAAUGCCAGGAAAGAUUUGAAGACACUGCCAGCCUUUCCUACCAAAACCCUUCAGGAGCAUCCCUCACUUGCUUACUGCGAGGACAGAGUGAUUGAGCAUUAUUUGAAAAUUAAAGGUUUGACACGGGGUCAAGCUGUGGUGCAGUAUAUGAAAAUAGUUGAAGCUCUGCCAACUUACGGAGUCCAUUAUUAUGCAGUAAAGGACAAACAAGGACUUCCCUGGUGGCUUGGAAUCAGCUAUAAAGGGAUCAGCCAGUAUGAUGUACAGGAUAAAGUGAAGCCUCGGAAAUUAUUUCAAUGGAAGCAGUUGGAAAAUCUGUAUUUCCGUGAGAAAAAAUUUGCCGUUGAAGUUCAUGAUCCACGAAGGAUUUCGGUUUCUCGGAGGACCUUUGGGCAAAGCGGCCUGUAUGUGCAAACGUGGUAUGCGAACUCUUCUCUGAUCAAGUCCAUCUGGGUGAUGGCUAUUAGUCAGCAUCAGUUCUACCUAGACCGGAAGCAGAGCAAAGCAAAAAUUCCUUCUGCCAGAAGUUUAGAUGACAUUGCAAUGGAUUUGACAGAGACAGGAACACAAAGGGUCUCCAAACUGAUGACACUGGAAGCAAAAAGCCAGUUUAUCAUGGCAAGCAACGGCAGCUUAAUAUCUUCAGGGUCUCAAGACUCAGAAGCCAGUGAGGAGCAAAAGCGGGAAAAAAUCCUGGAACUCAAAAGGAAGGAGAAGCUGUUGCAAGAAAAACUCCUGAAGAAAGUGGAAGAGCUGAAGAAGAUCUGCUUGCGCGAGGCCGAACUCACGGGUAAAAUGCCAAAGGAGUACCCACUGAACAUAGGGGAGAAGCCCCCUCAGGUCAGAAGGCGAGUGGGCACCGCGUUCAAGUUAGAUGACAAUUUACUGCCAACUGAAGAGGAUCCAGCUUUGCAAGAACUGGAGAGCAAUUUUCUAAUACAGCAAAAGCUGGUAGAAGCUGCAAAGAAACUUGCCAACGAGCCAGACCUAUGUAAAACUGUGAAGAAAAAACGGAAGCAAGAUUACACAGAUGCAGUCAAAAAGCUUCAGGAGAUUGAGAAUGCAAUAAAUGAAUACCGAAUUCGCUGUGGAAAGAAACCCAACCCGAAAGCAGCAGUGAUUUUACCUGAAGAUGUCAUCCCAUCAGAGAGCAGCUCCUUGUCUGACUCUGCCACCUAUGAUGAUCCCAAUGACACCUUCACUCUUGCUGGACAGCGACCAAGUUCAGUACCUCAUUCUCCAAGAAUUCUUCCCCAGUCUCUUGGUAUUGAGAGAGUCCAUUUCAGAAAGUCAUCCAUCAAUGAACAGUUUGUGGAUCCCAGGCAUUCCAGAGAGAUGCUGUGGACACACAGCAGCCCUUACAAGACCCUGGAGAGGAGGCCCCAGGGCGGGCGGAGCAUGCCCACCACGCCAGUCCUUACUCGGAACGCCUACAGCAGCAGCCACCUAGAACCUGAAUCUUCAGCUCAGCACUGCCGCCAGCGGAGUGGAAGUCUGGAGUCCCAGUCCCACCUGCUCUCCGAGAUGGACAACGAUAAGCCAUUCUUCUCCCUUUCCAAAUCCCAAAGAAGCAGCAGUACAGAGAUCCUCGAUGAUGGGUCUUCCUAUACCAGCCAGUCCAGCACAGAGUACUACUGUGUGGCACCCGCCGCCGGCCCCUAUUACACCACCCAGACCCUGGAUACUCGUACCCGGGGGCGAAGAAGGUCCAAGAAGCACCAUGCCUCGACUUCAAAUUCAGGAAGCAUGCCCAACCUGGCCCCAAGGGACAGUAUGAGGAAUGGCGUCUAUUCCAAGAGUCAGGAGCCGGCAUCUUCCAAUUACUACAUUGCUGGAUAUGCACCCUACGCCGAGUGCGACCUCUAUUACAGUGGUGGCUAUGUCUACGAGAAUGACACUGAGGGCCAGUACACAGUCAACCCAUCCUACCGAUCUGCGGCCCACUAUGGAUAUGACCGGCAGAGGGACUACAGCAGGUCUUUCCAUGAGGACGAAGUGGAUCACGUGCCCCAUAACCCAUAUGCAACCCUCCGGCUGCCCAGGAAGACUGCUGUGAAAUCGGAGCACAUCACCAAAAACAUCCACAAGGCCUUAGUCGCUGAGCACCUGCGGGGCUGGUACCAGCGGGCCUCCGGGCAAAAGGAUCAGGGGCACAGCCCGCAGACAAGCUUUGACUCAGACAGGGGUUCACAGAGAUGCCUGGGGUUUGCUGGGCUGCAGGUACCCUGUUCUCCAAGCAGCCGAGCAUCCUCUUACUCUUCAGUGUCUUCUACAAAUGCUUCUGCGAACUGGAGGACCCAGUUAACCAUAGGGCUGUCCGAAUAUGAGACUCCAGCACAUUCUCCUUAUACCAGCUGCUACAGCAAUAUGUAUAACCCUUUACCCUCUCCAAACAGACAAUACCCAGAGGCCAGUCAACUGGACAGCACAGAUGGAAACCAGUUGGGAGACAGCCUGGAGAGUAGCGAGCAGAGGCUCUUUUGGCACGAAGACUCAAAGCCUGGAACAUUAGUAUGAAUGCAAUGGGACCUCAUGACCAAAACACUGCGUUCUCACACUGGUGUGCCUUGCACAGGGGAUUUGUCUUCCCAGAAGGCCGUUGGCUUUAGAACCUUAAACCUAUCAAAAUACGAAGAGGAGACUUAUGUAGCCCUGGAAGUGAAUCUCACACUAAGCCCCACUCUGGCCCUGAACAAGAACCUGCCUUCCCAUCUCCAGGCACCACCAAGAUCUGACCCCAUAUGGAACCAUUGCUAUGAGAGGACUCUGCGGGAAACUGUUCUCCAGAGCAAGUGCUUUGGAAGGGAAUCAAUCUGGCUGAAGGCAAACUUAAACUGUGAACAUUCGUUCAGGGAGUUGGUCCCAUUGGACAAGAAGGCCAGGGAGAGUUCAGAGCACAACUGAUAGAGGCGAAGGAAGGAGGGUGGGGAGCUCUGGUAUUGAGCUCCAACAAGGUCUGAAUUGUUGGGCUGACCAAGGACAGCACGGUGGUGUUUCUGCACAGAUGUGACAAUUUACAGUAUUGGAAAAUUACUUGAAGUUGGAUGUUCGUACAGUUCUGAAUGAGUGUAUAUGUGUUUAGGAUAUGACACAGAGUGACUUUUUUUUAAAUAAACAGUGUAAGGUGGGUUCUAGACAAGACUUGGUCCUGUAGCAUUCUGUAAUAUAACUUUAUGGUAAUGGAACGGGAAAACGAAGCAGCCCACAGAAUGGUUGACAAACUCUGCUCCGAGAUCUCUCUAAGGUACAGGUCACUGAGCUCCUGUUUUCUUUCUCUGCUGCUUGCAUGAUGAACAACUGUUCAGGCUGGUAACUCUCUCCACCUUGCUUACUGUUGAAAGUGAUAGGCUAGCCGGGCACUGGUGACUCACUCCUGUAAUGUUUUGCUCCUCGGGAGGCUGAGAUGUCUGAAGAUCCAUGUUUGAUGCCAAAGCAAACAUGGAAGUUGAUGAGAUUCUGAUCUCCAAUUAACCAUCAAAAAGCCAGAAGUAGACCUGUGGCUCAAGUGGUGAAGUACCAGCCUUCCGUGAAAAAAGCUUAAGGACAGCGCCCAGGCCCUACCUAGUUCAAGCCCUAGUGUCCACACACACACACACACACACACACACACACACACACACACACACACACACACACGAUAGUCUUGAUGUGGAAAGUUUUUAUAAUAAUGAGUUUAAAAAUGUCUUUUGACGUAAGAUACAAAGGACCCCAAACAACAGCAAAAAUCAAAGCCACCUCAUUGUAGAUGAAUUUUGUGCCUUACAAUGGUGAACUCCAGGAAAUUAAGCCCAUUGAUUCCACUUGUAGCUCUGAAUGACCAAGUAACAAAAACAACAACAAAACAAAAUUGGCGUUAAAAAAAUUACUUCAAGCCCAGUAGACUGAAUUAUGAGGCUAAAACUACCUCAUACUUUUCUUGGAAGAAUAAUUAGCAACAGCGUAUGGUAAGGUUUUGCUUUUAGAACAAAGGAUUUCCUUCUUCCAGAUUGUUCUCUGUCAUCUUUAUUCUGUUUCACAAUUCCAUGAAAGGUGCUUCCUCCCCUUCCCCUUUUGUACCAGUGUCUUGUUCAUAUUGUGAAUAGAGAAGUUUCUGACCGACGUUUUUGGCACAUUUUCUAUCUAUAUUCCAAAGCAUGUAAUAUAUCCAUAAAAAUGACUUGUUAAACUGGUCCUUAGCCAUUUGUAUCAUCAGAAAUGAAGUGGGGAUGGGGGGGGAUUGGAGGGAAAAAAACACAAAGGAAAAAAUAACUUAUUCAUUUUUGCAUAUUUGUAUAGCUUCCUGGAAACAAAUACUCUUUUGCAUAUUCUUUUACUGUUCUGACUUUUUAAGACCUAUUAUUUUUUUACGUAGGUCAAUAAACUAAAGGUGUGUUACUGAAA